AUGUUAAGAGAAUAUAAAUUAGUAGUUGUUGGAGGUGGUGGUGUUGGAAAAUCAGCAUUAACAAUUCAAUUAAUUCAAUCACAUUUUGUUGAUGAAUAUGAUCCAACUAUAGAAGAUAGUUAUAGAAAACAAUGUACAAUAAAUGAUGAACAAGUAUUAUUAGAUAUUUUAGAUACUGCAGGACAAGAAGAAUAUUCAGCAAUGAGAGAACAAUAUAUGAGAACAGGAGAAGGAUUUUUAUUAGUUUAUUCAAUAAAUUCAAGAAAUUCAUUAGAAGAAUUACAAUCAUUUUAUGAACAAAUUCAAAGAGUUAAAGAUAGUGAAAAUGUUCCUGUAUUAGUUGUUGGAAAUAAAUGUGAUUUAGAAAUGGAAAGACAAGUUAGUUAUGAAGAAGGUCAAGCGUUAGCAAAUAGUUUUGGUUGUCCAUUUUUAGAAACUUCUGCAAAAAUGAGAAUUAAUGUUGAAGAAGCAUUUUUUGAUUUAGUUAAACAUAUAAAUUAUACUGAAUAUUUAUUAAAAAGAAGAGACGAAAAAGAUGGUAUAAUAGAUUCAAAUGAAGCAAAUAAUAAUAAUAAUCAACAACAAAAUGGUAUAGCGGAUUCAAAACAACAACUGCAACAACAACAAAUAACGAAUGGGGGAGUAACGUCAGGAGCUAAUACAUCACAAAGUAACAAACAACAAUCGAGUAAAACAAAUGGAACUAAACCAUCAUCAACUAGAAAUAAUCAAUCACAAUCUGCAGCUGCAGAAAAAUCAAAAUCUGGAUGUUGUGUAAUAGUCUAA